UUCAGCCACUUCAGAUAACGUUGUUACCUCAUCUGCCCCACUCCUCCCCUCUGUGUGUGCGCUCGUUCUCGCUCUCUUUCCUACCUGGUUCACUUUCUCACUGUCUCGAGGGAGUAGCAGCUCUGAUCUUUAGCUCCACACAGUCCACAGUACCUCGUCUCCUCCAGGACUCCAAAAAGGAUGGAGAAGAGCCAAUAUGGACCCCCCCAGGACUUGUCUGCUCCCCCCUACCCCGGCCCCCCGGCGGGCUACCAGGGAAGUGGGGGGGGAACAGCCUACCCCCCUCAGCCUGGCUUCCAGGGAGGUUCCCAACCCGGCAUGUACCCACCACCUCCCCAAUACGGCACGGGCAUGGCACAACCUACAAACGGCCCCAGCGUAACCCAGGUGGUGGUGAUGCAGCAGCCGCUGCCAAGAGACGUACCCAGCCAGAUGAUGUGUCCCCACUGUCAGGUCCCGGUUCUGACAGAGACCACACACACCACUGGACUGCUCACCUGGGUCAUCUGUGGAUCACUCGGCUUCUUCCUGUGCUGGCCAUGCUGUUUGAUUCCGUUCUGUGUUGACUCCUGUAAGGACGUAGAACACCGCUGCCCCAACUGCAAGAGAGUGAUCCACAUCCACAAACGCAUGUGAACAGACCAAGAUGAGACACCUGCCACAAAGUGAUCCACAUCCACAACUAGCCCCGGCCCACAGCCACUGCUGCCACAAAGUGAUCCACAUCCACAACUAGCCCCGGCCCACAGCCACUGCUGCCACAAAGUGAUCCACAUCCACAUCCACAACUCCUCAUGAAAAUAGAAAUAUCUGUUGUGAGAAGUCACAGUGUAAAGACAAUAGUCUGACUGUGGCUGAAAUGACUACUGGAAGACCAGCUUAACAUUGACUAGUGUCAGUGUGUAACAAGCUAAGGCCACUUCUAGCAGACUCUUUACACUGAUUGUAAUAUGUGUUUUCUUUCAUUCUGUGAAUCUUCAUGUUAGACAGGAAGUAGGAUUCUAUUUGUAUUGACGUUGGUAUUGAUUGGUUGUUGGGUUUUUUAAAGGGACAGUCCACAGUUGAAACAAUAAAAAAGCUGAACCCUG